AUGGGGAAAUGUAUUCCGAGGCACAGAAUCGACCUUGCGGAUGUUCAAGUCAACCACAUUUUUGCUGGAACGUAUGCCAACUUUGUGACAACUUACCAGAAGGAUACUAGUUCCACCAGUGUUUCCAGGAAAACCCUGCCAGAAAUAAGCCGAAUUAACCAGUCGCCGACAGAAAACUGGAUGGCAGUGGCAAGAGGAAGUGCAGAGCAUGAAGUGGCUGAGAGGGAAAUUGGAGUGAUAUUUUCAUCUCCUGCUUGUCUGACUGCAAGUUUUUAAAGAAAAGAAUCUGGAGAAACUAUUUCCAUUGAUGUGGACUUAGAAAGCGAGCAGUUAACAAAAAAAGAAUGGAUUUCUUCUAUGAUGACAACACGUCUCAGGGAUCCUCCGCUCAGAGCUCUUCCGUAUCGUUCUCCACGCCAAGAAGCUUUAUCAGUCUUGCUUCUGCCCCCGGAGUGUCCUGUCAUGCAUGAUCCUAAGAACUGGAUGACUCUGGUGGUUCCGUUUGCAGAGGCCGUUCAUCACAUGACUGGCCGAUCUUCACAAGUCCUGAGGCAGUGUUGGGCAUCUUUGCAAGAAUCCUCUCUCAACACACUGGUCCAGAUGCUUAAAACUGCCAUCGUCUCUCAACUGUUUUGUUGGACUGAAACCAUUCAUCACCACAAUGUUAAAGCUUUUCUAGAAGUGAUGAAAGAAGUGUAUAAGGUAAACAAAGCUAAUUGUCAACUACGAAAUACUUUCAACAUAAAUGAACUAUCCACUUUGUUGAACUUCUAUGAAGAGAGAAGAAGAGUGAUCUGUAGGGAUAAAAACCUGAUACCUGCAGAAAACCUCAGUCCCAUUAUUUUCAGUGAUUUUCCAUUUGUCUUUAAUUUGCUCUCCAAAAUUAAAUUAUUGCAAGCUAAUUCCCAUAUAAAAAUGCUGGAAUCCGAAGGGAAAGAGUGCAUGGAUUUUGGGCAAAUAAUUCUGCAAGGAAAGGGUGAAUCCCCUCCAUUUACACUUAGAGUCAGCAGUCACCUAGUUGAAGACGCUCUGCGUCAGUUAAGCCAAGCUGAAGUCACUGACUUCCGGAAAAUACUAGUGGCUGAAUUUAUUAAAGAAAUUCAUUCUGUGGGAGAAGGCGUGAAGUCCGAGUUCUUCCACUGUAUAUUUGAAGAUAUGACCAAGAAAGAAUAUGGGAUGUUCAUAUAUCCUGAAAAGGGUUCCUACGUGCGGUUUCCUGUCAAUAAGAGAUAUUUCCUCUUUGGGAUGCUGUGUGGACUCUCCCUGUACAAUUUUAAUGUCGUCGACCUCCCUUUCCCACUGGCUCUGUUUAAGAAACUUCUGGACCAAGAGCCAUCAUUAGAUUUAAAAGAACUCAGUCCUCUUUUGGGGAAGAAUUUGCAGGGAGUUCUAAAUGAUGAAGCUGGUGACAUUAAAGAAGCACUUGGCAUACGUUUUUCUAAUUCAAGGUAUGGUCCAGGAUACUGUAAACCACAUCCUACGAUACUGAUGUUUUGGAAUGCUUUCCAUAAAUUAACUUUGGAUGAAAAGAGAAAAUUCCUCUUUUUUCUUACAGGAAAUGAAAGGCUGCAUGUAAAAGGCGUACGGAAAGUGGGAAUCCUAUUUCGCUGUCCUGAAACUUUCAGUGAAAGAGAUUUCUCAAGAUCACUGACAUGUCAUAAUAUUCUGGACCUCCCUAAAUAUUCUACAAUGGAAAGAAUGGAGGAAGCACUUCAAGUAGCCAUCAACAGCAACAAAGGAUUUAUCUCACCCACGGUCACAGAGUGAUAGUGGCCUUUGAGAGGCUCAGAUCUCAGGUUCUCUCACCCUCCGAUCCUUCUGUUCUUCUUAGUACAAAGUGUUGGCGGAUUUUAGUUAGAAUUAGUUGACAAAUGCUGGGAUAAACAAUAGCAUGAUGAGUCAAGGAUAACAUUUUUAAUGAAUCAACAUUUCCUGAUCCUUAAACUUGCUAUGAGAAUGCUUGCUUUUUACUGAAUUAUUUCCUGAACAAUAAUUAUCAUUUAAAAAUAUACUAAAUGUUAAAAGCUAACAGAUAUUUUUUAAAAAUUGUACAUCUA